AUGUCAACACUUGGACGUACAAUUAAGAAUUUCAUGAAGGUUGGACCCGCCAGCUAUAUGAAGCAACUCGACAAUAUUUGCGAUACCAAAUGGGGUCGCCUUGUUGGUACUGAUGUUAACGGCAACAAAUAUUUCGAAAAUCUCGAUGAAGUCUCAGGUCGUGAGCGUUGGGUUGAAUAUGCUAGCAACCAACCUGACAGUGGAGAUAUUACUCCUGACUGGCACAUGUGGUUGAGUCGCAUCACUCAAGAGCCACCUACCGAGAUGAACAUCCAACCCAAGAAGUGGUGGGGUGAGCCCAUUCCCAACUUCUCUGGUACUCCCAAGGCAUUCAAGACCUACAGCACCACCAUCUCCAAGUUACAUGCCUGGGAGCCAACUGUCAAAGCUAGAAACUAA